AUGGCUAAAGUUAAGUUGUUCUUGAUGUUGUUCCUAGCUACAUUGGUGUCAACAGUGGCAACCAUGGAGGAGGAUGAGAAAGAGUGUGCAGACCAGUUGCAGAACCUGGCUUCAUGCAUACCAUACGUGAGCGGCAUUGCACCGAAAGCCGACACCACACUUUCUCCAGACUCUCCUGAUGCCAAGAUUUUCAAAGAAGCUGGUGAUGAUGCAUCCACAAACACAAACACAACAUCUUCUGGCACUACUAGUAGUUCAUCUGGUUCUAAGGUGGCUCCUGCUGAUAAUGAAGCAAGAUUGGAAAGCUCUGUUGGACUUGUUUGCCUGGUGAUUUCCACCAUUUGCAUGAUGUUCAUGUGA